AUGAGUGGAGGGCAACAUAAACAGAAGAUAAAAAGAGGGUUGUGGUCACCAGAUGAGGAUGAGAAGCUUAUCAGUUAUAUUACUACACAUGGAAGCCAUGGUUGUUGGAGCUCAGUUCCUAAACUUGCUGGGUUACAAAGAUGUGGAAAGAGUUGUAGACUAAGAUGGAUUAAUUAUCUAAGACCAGGUGUAAAACGAGGAAACUUUACUUCCCAAGAAGCCAUGCUCAUAAUUGAUCUACACAGAACCUUGGGAAAUAAAUGGGCACAGAUAGCAAAACACUUACCAGGUAGAACAGAUAGUGCAAUCAAAAACUUCUGGAACUCCAACAAGAAAAAGAAGCUUCUUCCUCAUGGCAACUCCUCUGGUCAUACUAUUAUUGCUGCUAACCUUAAAAAUAACAAAAUUCAGGUUCCUGGAAGCAAUGAGCAAGAUCAAGAGGGUUUGUGUAGUUCAAACCUUAAUGGGAACAUUCCAUUGAUCAAACAUCAUCAAGAAGAUGAAAUUGAAAUGCAACUUGAUGAGCUUCCUCCCUUUCCACCAUCAUUCAUGGAUGAUUCAUAUACUGUUCUUGAUGAUCACCAACCAGAGGAUUUUGACUCGAUUCUUGAUCAAAAUUGGGGGACAACUCAUAUUCCUUUUCUUCCAUGCAUACGAUCAGAUAGAAUUCCGUACAUACCUUCAGGGAGAAAGAAUCUGAAAGAAGGAAGCCCGCAUGGAUACAAAAACGCCUCCGGCGAUAAUUAUUGUAGUGUUUUGGCCUCGCUUUGUGGCAAAUUCACCGAGCUUUGGAACUUCAACAGCGAUGGGAAUGGGAAUGCCGGAGGUGGAGUGGAAAGCUUUGAGAAUUUGAUUUAUAUGACACCUAAUCAACGAGACUCCGGCGCCAAUGAGGGUUUUAGACGAUCGCAUUUUUCCGACGAAAUGAGGCUUAAGGUUUGUCUGCUUAGGUUUCCACCCUACACAGAGGGAAUAGAUCGAGACGGAGGGUUUUUCUAUUCGACUAUGGUUCAGUGUGAAACAGUGCCGACAGUCCGAUGGGGAAGAAGCACGCGAGAUCUGAAUCACCGUCUUCCUAGCCAUCGCCGGUCAUCGCGUGUUCUAUUCAGUGGAGGUUCGAUUGAGAUCGAUUGUAGUUCGAAUUUCAGAAAAAAAAAAAGACACACAUACAUCAAAUUGAGCUAUGAGGCGUAUUUCAUCUGGGAUUUCAAAGUGAAUCGAUUUGGGUGA